UUUCUAUUUGAUUUCAGACCAUACAGGAGGAACUAGGAAGAUCAAAUCCGAGAGAGAGAGAGAGAGAGAGAGAGAGCUCUUGUUCUGCUGGGUAGGUGGAGAGAAAACGAGCGAGAGAUGGGAGCAAUCAAGGGAGCCAUAGUAGAUGGAAUCUUGACAUGCAUGUGGGUAUUCAGCGUUCCUUUGCUGGGUGUUUUCUCCUCCAUCAUAGCAACAUAUGUGGGUGUUGAAGCCAUGUCCAUAGCAGGUCUUUUCAUAACCAUUAAUGUAGCCGCUCUUUUUAUGCUAACUUUCAGCUUGAUAGGAGCUGCCUGUGGUGGUGCCAGUUUCAACCCUGCUACAACCAUAACUCUCUACACAGCAGGCCUAAAGCCUGAUGCAUCUCUCAUGUCCAUGGCUUUGCGUUUUCCUGUUCAGGCAGCUGGUGGGGUUGCUGGUGCCAUGGCAAUUACGGAAGUGAUGCCAAAACAGUACAGGUAUGUGCUCAGAGGUGGUCCGUCGUUGAAGGUGGACUUGCAUACAGGGGCAAUCGCUGAGGGGGUGUUAACUUUUUUGAUCUGUCUUGCUUUACAUUUUGUUUUGCUCAAGGGUCCUAAAAACUUUGUGUUGAAGGUUUGGUUGCUGGCUGUGGCCACUGUGGGACUGGUUAUGGCUGGAGGUAAGUAUACCGGCCCUUCAAUGAAUCCUGCCAAUGCUUAUGGGUGGGCUUAUUUGAGCAAUAGGCACACCACUUGGGAUUUCUUUUAUGUCUAUUGGAUUUGCCCCUUUAUAGGAGCAACUUUAGCUGCUUUGAUUUCUAAAUUCCUUUUCAAGGCACCACCAAUCAAGGACAAGAAAGCCUGAAGAGCGGGGAUAGAUCAUAGAUGUAGUACCAAUCAAUUUUAGUAUUUGAUUUUCAUCAUUAAUGUCGUGUGUUUUCGAGUGUUAGUGCCUCGAUUAUGAAUAUUUGAGAUUAUCUUUGCACCUUCAAGAAUUGAUCUGUUUAAUUGAGGUGAUUUGUUCUUCAUGUUAA